UUGCUUAGUCAAUUGUUGCGUACAUUUAUAUUGGGUGUAGCUCGUGCAUCAAAAAAAAUCAGGGCUACAAGCGCUGGAUAAUUUAGAGAAAAAAAAUUAUUUAUUUCUACAAAAGAAUUUCGAGGUAUUUCAACAAAGCAAAUUGUUUCUGGGAACCUUUUCGACAAAUUUGGAUUUGUUUCAGCUCAAUUUAAUUUGUUUACCUCGGCCAUUCAUUCUCAUGCCAAUUGGUUCUUUAGCAAAGAUUGGGAUAGAUUCGGUCAAGCUGCGAAGAUGUUUAUUUCACCCUGAUACAAAUGAACUAGUUCACUCGAACCCUCUAUGAUUGCAUACAAGCUAUGUUAUCUCUCAUUAUGAUUUUUGGAACAAGUGAAGAAAUACUAAUUUAAUUUGCUCUCAAGCUUUAAUUUAAAUCUUUUCUUGUGAAAGGUGGGCAUUGGCUGCAAUUCUCUUUGAUUCUGACGCAGAUCACGUUAUUUAAGUCGAUGCCUUCCCAUUUCACUCAAUACUUCGAAGCACCGUCAUCCGUUUUAUCGGAAAACGGGCUCGAAUUGUUGCUACAUGCCAUUUCAAACAUUGCGAAUGCCAAUCACUCUAGAACUUCCGCCUGCGUCGAGAAACAAGACUGCGCAGCGGGGCUUAAUUGGUUCUGGUCAGCGAUUUAUCAAAGGCUUUUUAAUUCAGAUCGAAUGACCUUUUUAAAAUCCCGGUCCGAAUUUGAGAUGCCCUGUGCUGCUUUAUUCGCCACCUGUGAAGCGAAAAAUCCCAGCGCUUGCGGCCAGGCAAAGGAACGUAAUUUGGCGUCUGCGGGAAAUCUCAAUUCUGAUUGGUUGAAUAUAUCUGACACGGCAUUUAUUUCACAGGACAGUUUACAGAGUUUUCCAUCUCUGAUUUAUUCCAUUUUUUUCGGUAACAGUACUCUUAUAUCGCCAAUUACCCAGAACUCGAGCAGUCAUAGUAAUUUAAUCCCAGCUUCCCCCGCUUAUUGUGGAAAAUUGGGUCUGAACUCGGAGAAAACUGCGGGGUCAAGUUUCACUGACUACAGUAGCAACCAACGUGUUUUUGUUAAUGCCAAUAUCCUGUCAAAGCUACAAGAAUUCUCAUUAUCCUCUCUCUCAAGUAGCGAUUUCCCGUUUUCAUCUGCAGCAGACCGGAAAAUUUCGGAAUAUUCAGAGGAAGCGUUAAUAAAUCUUGGUGGCGUUUCGGAAUUAUCCGGCGAGAACAGUCCAGGCUUUUUAAGUUCGUCUAUUGAAGAUCAUUGGUCUGUUUUUAAACAAGAUUUCGUGCCAUAUGAAACUGCUGGAGUAGAUGUUUGCUUUAAAAUAUCUGAUUAUAUAUGCCCGAAUUUAUCAACACAUCAGGUGACCUCGAAAGGUGCUGAAUUACUCUGCUCAACAAUUAUCGACUCCAUUGAUCAAAUUACUCUCAAUUUUGCUUAUAAUUCGUCAUCGAAAUACCUUUCUGCCCUGACCUCAUUUGAGAUCGAAGAAAUGAGGAACUUAAAUAACUCCUCGAUGGUCAUGUCCAACGUUAGUGACCUGGAGUCCACGGCAGGAUCUCCGGAUCCGAUGAGUCCGAUGUUCUGGUUCUGGUUGGUCGUCGGAUUCCUGAUGGUAAUCAUGAGCCUGAUGACGACACUGGGAAAUAUGCUGGUCAUCGUGUCUUUCAUCUACGAGAGCAAACUGAGAACAGUGUCUAACUUUUACAUUCUCAAUUUGGCCAUUGCGGAUUUCUUGAUUGGUGUCUUCUGCAUUCCUCUGUAUAUCCCCUCCAUUCUCUGGGGCGAGUGGAGACUGGGAAGGACUUUGUGUAAGAUGUUUCUCCUGGUCGACAACAUCGUCUGCAGUGGAUCGGUACUCAACAUCAUGCUUAUAUCGAGCGACAGAUACCUCAGUGUCAUACACGCCAUGUCAUACAGGGUUGAUCAAACAGUGAGGAAGGCGGUGAUGAAAAUGGUGGCCGUAUGGACUGUGGCCUUCACCAUUUAUGGGCCAUCAACCCUAUUUUGGGAGUAUGUGGCGGGGGAGCGAAUUGUUGGUCCGAACGAAUGUCUGCCCGAGUUCUAUCGCAAUUUCCCAUACACGUUUUCAAUAGCUGUCGUUGAAUUCAUCACUCCACUCGUUACAGUGUGUUACAUCAAUCUGAAGAUAUACCUGAACAUAAAGUCACGUUCGAACAAGAUGAAAAAGAAGUCAAUUUGCAGUGAUGAUUUGCAAGGAGCGGUCGCUGCAAUUUUGAAGGACAAGGAGGCACGAAGUUUGAAGCGAGACAAAAAGGCGGCCAGAGCUCUGGCUGUUAUAGUGGGAGCGUUUUCGCUUUCCUGGGCGCCCUACACCAUAUGCAACCUGGUUCGUACGUUGUGGCCUGCAUUGAUUCCAGAAACAUUGUUCGAGGCAACCUUCUGGCUACUUUGGCUCAACAGCACAGUCAAUCCCUUUUUGUACCCUUAUUGCCACCCGCAUUUCAGGCAGACAUUCGAGCGCAUUUUCGGAAAAGUAGGCUGUCUUUUUUGCAAGCGAUACAGAAACCAAGAUAAUAUGAGGCAACGGGGGCAUAUGAUGGCCAUGACAGCCCCGUCGAAACAACGCGCAACUGGCAGCUGAAUGAAUGCUCUAGAAAUGUAUGUGUAGAAUCCUGAAUGGCGUUGCGUUACAACUAAAUAUUUGUAAUUUUGUAUAC